AUGUCUCGGAGAAGAAACCACCGGCACUCUCACAGACGUAAGAGGCACGGUCUGUCCCGCUCCAUGAGGGCCGAGCUCCAGUUCCCGGUUAGCCGCGUGGACCGCCUCCUGCGAGAGGGUCGCUAUGCCCAGCGCCUAAGCUCAUCUACCCCGGUCUUCCUCACCGGCAUUCUCGAGUACCUGACGGCCAACAUCCUGGAGCUGGCAGGCCAGGAGGCCCGCAACAACCACAAGAUGCGCAUCACCCCAGAGCACGUGCAGAGGGCCCUGGGCAACAACCAGUACCUGAGCCGCCUCUUUGAGAAUAAUACCUACUCUCGGGUGGAAGCCGUGCCCCAACCCAAGGAGUAG